AUGACCGCAGUAGAAACUGCUGGGAUGAAGCAGGAACUUCAAUUGAUGUUGACCACGCUGUCACCUACGCACGAGGGGAUGGCACCUCCGCAGAUAAUGCCGACCAAGAGUGAGAGUCUGGCCAAUGUGGAACACAGCUGCACUCGUUUACUUGACGAUCCAGUCUUUCAAGGAAUCGAGGACUACAAGCAUCGGUUAUCAGAGAAUGAGUCUGCUGCUGUAGACUCAUUGUCAGCGGUAGUAGAUAACACCUCAAGAGUCUCUCAAAUGAUGUCGACAUCACUUCCACGGACCUCGCCGUAUAGAAAAGCACCCGUGGAUCGCUACUGUGUGAAACGCUCCAGCCUUUCAAAAUUGGCAAAGAAGUUGAUGAACGACUGGUUCGAGCACAACUUGCACCAUCCAUACCCGACGGAACAGGAAAAGCUUUGGCUUGCUGAGCGUGGGGGCAUCACGAUCGAGCAGGUGAGUAAUUGGUUCAUCAAUACUCGCGGUCGCAAGUGGAAGCCCAUGCUCAACCGACUCCUGGCCGAAAAACAGGCCGGGAACUGCAAAUUGCUCGAUUUGAUGGUGCAGAAAGUUGAGGAGCCCUAUCAUAAGGUUCUGUAA